AUGUCCCUCACCAUCGGUCAAGUUCUUUCUGGAGCUCGGUGGGGCUACUGUAUCACAGAGCCCCUGACGGGUGAUGGAUCGCACGCAGCCUUGGUCUACAAGGCCAGGGUAUCACCCGGUAGUACGACAUCGGUAAAUGAACAAGACAUGCCCGAGUGGGCCGUCAUCAAGUGUCCCUCGCCGCUCAGGGCGCAACGAGAUUUCACCAGACUCGACCUCAAACGCGAAUGGGAAGCAUAUCAGCACCCCAGCAUCGCAAACAGUCCGUACAUCCGCAAACUGUACGAUCUGAUCGGCAACCCAGAGGACUUCGACGAUAAGACCGGCGAGACCAGGCCUUGUCUAGCACUUGAGUGGAUGGACAUGACCUUGCAAGACCUGACGCCUAAACUCGACAAACGCGCGUACAAGCUGAUCGUGGCUAUCAUCGAAGCGGUUAUGGAGAGCAUACUCUGUUUUAGCGAGGCCAAGGUUGUUGACACUGACACCAAGCCCGGCAACUUCCUGCUAUCCAACAUCGACACAGACCAUCCCACCGUCAAAAUAGGCGACCUCGGCCUCGUCCUACCCUGCACCCACCCACGAACCAACGUCCAACCCCUGCCGAUGCGCGCACCCGAGGUCUUUCUUGGCUUCCCAUGCACAACAAAAUCCCAAGUCUGGUCCUGCGCAGCCAGCCUGCUCUUCUGGCUCAAACCUUCCCUACUCGGAUCCUCCUCCGACGACGGGGACGGGCUCAGGGGCAGCUGUAUCGACGUGCUUCCAACCCCGUGGUGUCUUGCCAAAUUGCGGCGGCUGUUCCCUGCCUGGCGGGACAGGCCGGUGGCGGGUGAUGUAAGGCGGAAAGCGGAGUGGGCGUUGAGUGAGGACCAUUUGGAGGAAUUACCAGCGCCGUUGAAGAGGAUUGGGUGUUUGGAGGAGGAGAUGGGGAGGUUGGGCAUGGUGAGGGAGUUAAGGGGGGUGAUGGGGUUGAUGUUGGUUACGGAUCCGAAGGAGAGGUUUGGGCCAAGGGAGGUGUUGGCGAGUGGGGAGAUGAGGGCUUUGAGGGAGGUUGUUUCUACGGGUGGGAUGGAUUUGGACGAGGAGUAA